CCAUUUGGCCAGCGGCUGAAAAAUUUUUCGAGCAUUUCCAGAGAGGAGAUUGUGGCCUCCCUAAUUGCUAGCUCAGGAUAUUCACAUCAACAAGAGAAGUCAGCCUUAUUUAUCAGCCUUCUCUUUACUUCCAUUAGCUAGUUGAGAAAUUUACAGACACAACCAUCACAAGGUGCAUCAGUUUUCUUCAAGGAAUUCUGCUAUUGCUCUGUCUUUCCCUGUGACUGAGGCCUUUGGCAUUGCAGUAUGCUAUCGGCGGCCUUAAUUACUUUGGCCAGAAGUGGCGGGAACCAGGUGAAGAAGAGAGUGUUGCUAAGCUCCGUCUUCCUGCAGGACAACAGGCAGGUGACUCCUGCCUGCUACAGCUCCACCACCGAGCCCAGGUGUUCUCGAUUUGACCCCGAUGGAAGCGGGCAGCCAGCCACUUGGGACAACUUUGGGAUCUGGGAUAACCGCAUCGAUGAGCCAAUUCUGCUGCCACCUAGCAUCAAGUAUGGCAAGCCAAUCCCCAAAAUUAGCCUGGAGAACGUGGGCAGUGCCUCCCUCAUUGGCAAACGGAAAGAAAAUGAAGAUCGGUUUGGGUUCGCACAGCUGACAGAGGAGGUGCUGUACUUUGCAGUAUACGACGGGCACGGGGGACCGGCAGCUGCUGACUUCUGUCACACGCACAUGGAAAAAUGUGUGACGGAUCUGCUUCCUCGGGAGAAAGACUUGGAAACAGUCCUGACCAUGGCCUUUCUAGAAAUUGAUAAAGCCUUUUCCAGUUAUGCCCACCUGUCUGCUGAUGCAAGCCUCCUGACCUCUGGGACUACUGCCACGGUAGCCUUGUUGCGAGAUGGUAUUGAACUGGUGGUAGCCAGUGUUGGAGACAGCCGGGCUCUUUUGUGUAGAAAAGGAAAACCCAUGAAGCUGACCACUGACCAUACCCCAGAAAGAAAGGAUGAGAAAGAAAGGAUCAAGAAAUGUGGUGGGUUUGUGUCUUGGAAUAGCUUGGGACAGCCCCAUGUAAACGGCAGACUCGCAAUGACGAGGAGUAUUGGAGAUUUGGAUCUUAAACCCAGUGGCGUAAUCGCAGAGCCCGAGACAACCAGGAUUAAGCUCUCCCAUGCGGAGGACAGCUUCCUGGUCCUCAGCACAGAUGGGAUUAACUUCAUGGUGAAUAGUCAAGAGAUCUGUGACUUUGUCAACCAGUGCCAUGAUCCUAAUGAAGCAGCCCACGCGGUGACUGAACAGGCUCUACAGUAUGGUACCGAAGACAACAGCACUGCAAUCGUGGUGCCCUUCGGUGCCUGGGGAAAAUACAAGAACUCUGAGAUAAACUUCUCAUUCAGCAGAAGCUUUGCCUCCAGUGGGCGAUGGGCCUGAUCGCCAGCCUGGACUCAGGGUUCCUCUGCUGCAGGUGUCAGCGGGCAUAGCAAGAAACUGGUAAUACUCAGAAGGCCACCUGUCCCUGUGUGUCCCUGUGAACUGAUAGAUCCCAAUGCAGUGUAAGCUUACCAGCCAUGGGCACGGUCGUGUUUUCAUAAACCCUCAUUACUAUGUGCAACUGUACAUGCUCAGCGUAAGCACCGUGACAAAGCUGUGAAGCCAUUGUGAGUCUCCGCGCUGAGUGGGAGAGGAAGUGGUUUGGUACACUUGAUGAAUGGUGGUAAAUCUAUGUGCUUUGUUUUGUGAUGCGUCUGGGGCUUUCAUAUCUUUAAGAUUACCAAGCAGAUCUGGUUUCCUUUUAAUGAGUUCGUUCUUUAUUCAGUUGGACAGGUUUUUCUGAAUUUUGACAGCUAGUCAGUGCAUUAUCUUCAGUGUUUCUCUUUUCUUUCUCUCUGUUUAAAACAGUGCUCACUGUUUGGCCCUGCACUCCUUGGUUCAGUCAGUCUUCCUACUUCGGUUUCCUGGGUACCUGGGACUCCAGGAUGCUCCAACUUACAAGUGUCUUUUUUUGUUUGUUUAUUUUCACUUUGAAUGUUUUAGAGACAAACAAGCAUAGAUUUACUAAAGAAAAGCACUCCCAGGAGAUGCAGAAAUUCUAAGGGAGGAAUACCCACAAGUGUUAUUUUUUUAAUAAAUGUUCCAAGGAGUCAAAAUGAAAAACUUUUCUGUUACUGUAUCUUGUACUCUGGACCAUUUAUUAGUAAGCUUAACCCUGCAAACUUCUUCAGACAAAAGGCAGGACUAAAGUGUAUCCAGAUUUGUAAAUAGCCCUCUUGUCUAUUUGAACUCUUAUUAGCCCCUUCCCCAUCCAUUCCCAUUUUUCUGCAGUUAAAUGUGCCAUAUAGCUCCAACUGUUCCUUAAUGUCCCAAGGAAAAUGUACAGACUCCUUGAUCAAAACAUGUACAGGGAAACACAGACAGUGUUUCCGUUUGUUGAUGGUGUAUGUAAGUUUGUUGUUGUGUGUUUUGUAAACAGUAUGUUUGUAUCACUUUUUCCGCACAAAGUAAGCUAGUUGGGUCAUUUGUUAGUAAAGAUAAUGUUGCAGUGACUCAAACUGCUGUAGACAUAGCUUGAAGUUUAUGUCUCCAUUUUCCUCAUUUCCGAGAUUUAUGAGGAAGAAUAAAUCUUUUAGAAAGUGUAUUCGAACAUGUCACUUUGCUAGGUAAAUUAGGAAUGUAAGCCUACACUCCUUUUUACCUGCAUUAUAAAUUUGCUGUUAAACUGUGAAUCCCUAAAUGUGUGUUUGGAAUUAAUCUAUAGUUUAUUUUCACAAACUGUAAAUUUGGUAUAUGUGUGGUGCGUGUGUAAAUAUUUUGAAGUAAUAUAACAUUAAAGGGAACAGACUUAUGGAGCCUUUAUGAGUUAGCUUUAAAUUAUUGAUAUAUUUAUCCCGAAGGACACUCAGCAGAUUGAGUGGUUUUCUGUAGUAAACAAUCAGUGGUUAUUAUUAGAUAACCACUUGGAUUAAAAAUAUAUAUGGGGGCCAGAUGUGGUGGCCUUCACCUAUAAUCUCAGGACUUGGGGGGAGGAGGUAAGAGAAGGAGGAUGGUGACUGAGAUCAGCCUGGGGCUGCAUAGCAAGUUCCAGAGAAGCCUGAGCCACAGCUUGUCUCCCAAACCAAAAUAUCAACAACAAAUGGCUAUAAGAUGCAUUGUAUUAUGCAUAACUGAUGUGGAUAACCAAAGAACAGAAGCACCCAUAUUGUGUGGUAAUUUGAAUAUAAAAUUAUGGGAUAUGAAAAGAUUAGGUAAUGUUAAGGGUGACAUGGAAUUUUGAGGCAGAAACAAGAGAAAAAAUAAGGAAAUAUAUAUGCCUUCAAGUCUGGAGUGCUUUCUUCCUUUAAUUUUUGUUUUAAAUACCUAGUAGAAAGAAGAUGUCCCAAAAUAAAUUUUUCAUCUUCUUUUUUUUGGGAAAUGGAAAAAAAAUAUAUUUUCAUUUUACCUGCCUACCCUAUUGCGAACAGUCUCAAAAAAGAAUUUAAGGUCUUUUCAUGGAUGUUAGUCGGAAGGAGGAAAACAUUUGCCAGGCAUGUUAGUUUACAUGUGCCGUUCCAACGCGUAGGAGACUGUGGCAGAGGAAUCCUGGAUUUGCUAUGCGUUGUAUAACAAGACCCCGGCUCAGGAGACAAACAAAACCUACAGAAGGAGCAGAGUCUGUGUUCACUGUCUAAAAUGAAGAGGUGCAGGGAGACUAGCAGAGCUGAGACACUUUCUUGUUGAAUCAGGUGUUGGGACAGAAUUAUGGAAACAACUUUUAAGAGCAUUGAGAACUUGUAAGCUAAUGCGCACAUAAAAAUGACAGCAUUCUGUAC